UUUAGAAGAAUGGCAGAAACCGCUCCAGCUCCAGCUGCUCCCCCGGCCAAAGCGCCCAAGAAGAAAACUGCAGCCAAGGCGAAGAAAACGGGUCCGAGCGUGAGCGAGCUCGUCGUCAAAGCGGUGACAGCCUCCAAGGAGAGAAGCGGCGUGUCCCUCGCUGCCCUGAAGAAAGCGCUCGCCGCCGCCGGCUACGACGUGGAGAAGAACAACUCCCGCGUCAAAAUCGCCAUCAAGGGUCUGGUGACUAAAGGCACCUUGGUUCAGACUAAAGGCACCGGCGCGUCUGGCUCAUUCAAGCUGAACAAGAAGCAAGCAGAGACCAAGAAGGCCGCUCCUAAAGCAAAGAAGCCCGCAGCCAAAAAGCCCGCAGCUGCCAAGAAGCCCAAGGCUGCAGCAGCAAAGAAGACCGCCGCAAAGAAAUCUCCGAAGAAGGCAAAGAAGCCCGCUGCCACAGCCGCUAAGAAGGCGACAAAGAGCCCCAAGAAGGCAACCAAGAGCCCCAAAAAAGCAAAGAAGCCUGCGGCUCCUAAGAAAGCAGCAAAGAGCCCCAAAAAGGCGAAGGUUGCGAAGCCCAAGACGGCAAAGCCUAAAGCGGCCAAGCCUAAAAAGGCCGCACCCAAAAAGAAGUAAAGUCACCAGCUGAGGUGUUUUGCUCUGGAAACAAACGGCUCUUUUAAGAGCCACCCACCACCUUACAAAAGAGUUUCUUAU